UUCUUUUAAUGCCUUUGUGCAGAGUUUUGUAUUCGACUUAAUUAUUUUUGUCGUAAAUGCAUAAAUAACGCGAACUAGUAAUGAUGUUUUAAUUAUCAUUAUGUAUCUGUUUAUUUCUCUAGCGGUUAUUACUUCCGCUGAAUGUACAAGGAAAUUCGGCGACAAGGAAAUUGAUAACAAAAAAUAUCACACUUCAAAAAUUUAGUAUAUAAUGGUCAUUCGUCGCUUUUAUCUUGAAUAGGCACAGCAGUUGCUUUCAGUUCAGUUCGAAACGAUUGACAAGGGAAUUAAUAUAUUUGAUCGAACAUGAAACUUUUCGUUGUUUUUUGUAUCUUCGUUACGAUCGCCUACGUGUGCGCAGAAAGAGAUCCACGAGAAGCCCUCGAUGACAUGACUGAAUGGAUAAAAACCGAGAAAUUCGUUUCGGAGGGUAUUCUGAAGCACGCUGUUGGGAACGGCGACAUGACAGGACCUGUCGGUGCACGGGAAGCACAUAGCCGACAACGCAGAAAUGUGUGCCAGAGAAAUUGGUUUCUGAGAAUGCUCUACGGGGAUAAUUUUGCUUGCAAAGCCAACUGCUUGGAUGACAAAUCAUACGGUACUACAUGGCGAGGUGGUAAAUGCUUGAAUCGAAGAUGUGUCUGUUACUGAACGUUUCGUUGAAAUAGCUCCCCGAUAUUAUCAAAAAUCCCAGCUAUUCCAGUAGAUGUUUCCUAUAACUGUUCACAUCCUUGAUAUUUAUUUUCGACGAAAGAAGUGUGUACCUAAUACAAUAAACAAUUUGCAGUUGUAGUUGUUUUAAAUAUUCUGCAUAACAUAUGUCCUUUGUAGCUGUUACUAUCAUUUCCGAAAAUAAUAUCUUGGCAGAUGCGAGUCUUACUUUUCGAUUUUUGGUAUUUUGUGUUCGAUUCUUACUCGUAAUCGAUAAUUGCAACUGUCUUGUAACUAUUCCUGCAUUGAUUUGCAUAUCGUUGUUUAAAUUCAUUUCUGCUGUGAUGUCAGUUGCAAAACAAAUACGAUCCUUCCAACGCGAACGCUCGAUGCAACGAUUCAUUUCUUUGGUUGGAUUUUGUCGUCUGCACUAGGUUUUCAGUUGAUCAGAAUAAAAGCUAGUCUUUAAAAAUAUGUACCAUGUUUUUUCAAGAUCUGUUAACAACAGUAGUUGGUACUUCAUUUGAUUAUGUAGUCCUACGACUUGUUCCCUUUUGUUAAGUAAUAAGUUGCAUGAUUUAUCCUUGCUUUUAUGCUCGAUUUAUGAACUUGAAUCAACCAAAAGCAGAUUAAGCACUAUGUUUUUAGCAGAUUAAGAAACGAAACAAAUUAAAUAAAUAAGCAACAGUGUUGCACGAUAAGCGUUUAACUGAAAUUAAAAUCUGUCGCCUUAAAUUUAUAAACGCUAUCGUUCGACUGGUAUCAAGUAUUGCGAUUGCUUUAGAAACGUUUAUUCGACGUAAACAUGUGCUGUACGUAACUGGAAAUAAAGUGUUCCCAGUUGUUUCGAGGCUUU